GGAGUGAUUCACUGUAUGUAGAGAGAGAGAGAGAGAGAGAGAGAGAGAGAGAGAGAGAGAGAGAGAGAGAGAGUUUUACACCUCCGCACUGUUUCCUUUCUCAUCUGUUUUUCUGUUGUCGCCGUCUUGAUCUGAUUUGUGGCGUCUGUUCUCCUCUCGCCUGUCCCUCCGUCUGUCUUCUUCCUCUACUACUUGUUCAUUGUUCCUGGGAUGGAUCUCAAGACUGUUGUGAUCAUCUCAACUAUUUUACUCAUCACUGCUGGCCAAACAUCACUUGGGCAAAACACCAGUAAGACCCACAAUGAGACCAGCACAACCCCCAGCCCCACCAGUCUCUACUCUUCAGCAGCCACUGCUGUCCCAAACUCUAACUCAAGCAGCCUGGGCCUCCUCACAAUCACAUGGAGCAGGACAUGUGAAGGAGAUGUGAACCUGAGCCUCUUCCAUCCCUCCAUCUCCUCCCUGCCCGUCUGUCACGGCAGUGAAAAAAACAUCCGGAGUCUUUUUAAAAAUGUUUGUGAGAACCAAAAAGGCUGUACAGACACGCCACACUGGCUCAAAGGCCAAAGCAACCGGAAAUGUUAUACCAUCACAGCGAGCGAAGCAGUAGAGCAGCCCAACUAUGAGACACUGAGGGUCCAAUGCACAGGUGUAGAUGUAGUCCAGGGACAGCUCCAUGCCUACAAAGUGGUGACAGCUUUGCUCUGCUGCUUGUUCCUGCUCCUGAUUCUGAUCCGCUUCACCAGACCCACCGUCAAAGCCCUGCAGAAGAGAUUAUCAGAGAGGAGGCAGAAUCGCUGGGUCGGACCUACACAGAGUCACAGUGUGUCUUACCAUCGAGGAAAAACUGCAGUUAAAACCAAUGACGCAGAAAAGAGACUCUCCUACCCUGCUCUGGAGCGACUGGCAGUCAGUGACAGCAGAGAGCCUUCAUCCAACAGGAACAGUGAUUACAACUUCUAAAACGCCUGUUCUUCCUGCAUCAUCAUCAUCAUCAUCAUCAUCAUCAUCAUCAUCAUCAUCAUCAUCAUCACCAUCUUUAAAUAUGGGUCAAACAUAUGUGUUAAUUUAACAGCACCUCUGUUUGUCCAGGUAUAACUUCAAGACAUUAUUUAGGGUGGUGUAAAACUAAUCAUUCACCUCUUGCUAUACCUGCAUUUUUUGCAUCACGUACUAAAACUUCAGCUAUAACAGUCAGUAUUUACGACCAUCAAUGUAUAGUAUCAUAUCUAAACUCAAUUUAGCAGCCUUUUUAUACAUGAACUGGAAAUGAGUGCAGAACAAAUGAUGUCAAUCUGACUGAAGUUAUACUAAGAUGUGAUAUUUUAAUGGAACCUUUAAGUAAAACCACUUAUUGGCCACCAUUACAGUACAUUGUACUCAUAGAUUCGGCUUUUAGCAGUUAGCAUUGGAGCUACUUACUUAACUUAGUUAAAUGACCGCUGCUGGGCACAGUGGUUGGCCAACCCAUUCUCACUUCCAACUUGUAAAAUACUGACGCUUGGUCAGUGUCUCUCAGCGUCAGAUACCGAC